AUGGGCCUCGCCCUGGGUGCUCCAGAGCAGGUUCUAGUGUCUGCUCAUGCGCUCACUGUGGAAGCACCUGCCAGGCAAAUCCAGGUGGCAAGAGGAAAAGACGCUACCCUGGGAUGUAAUUUUAGAACAAACUCAGUUGUUGACAGAGGAGACCUGGUUGUCUGGAAGAAAAUCAAUAGCAAGAGUGAUGCUGUGACGAGGUAUUUUGAUGGACUGGUGCAGUAUGGGGAGGGCUACGACCACCGUAUCCAGUUCAGUGGCAAUGUCGACAGCGGGGACAUCAGCAUCACCAUCAGUGCUGUGACAAUGGAGGAUAACGGGACAUACGCCUGCAGCGUCCGCCUCCGGAACGAUCCCCCCCGCGAGACUGCGUUCCUGGACCUCUUCGUUCUCGUYGCACCAUCAAAGCCUGAAUGUAAGAUUCUGGGAACACCACAAUAUGGACAGACAAUCAAUCUAACCUGCGUUUCUCACGAGGGCUCCCCAAAGCCAAAAUAUACCUGGGAAAGCUUCAACAUACAAAACGAGCCCCGUGUGCUACCAAACCCAGAAGGGCAACAAAUAACUCUGAAGAACAUCUCAGCGGACACCUCUGGCUUUUACAUCUGCACUUCAAAAAACGUUGUGGGAACAGAAUUUUGCAACAUGACACUCAGCGUUAUGCCACCAUCCAUGAACAUAGCUCUGUAUGCUGGCAUCAUUGGGGGAGUUGUUGCUGCAAUUGUGGUGAUUGGGAUCGUGGCCUAUUGCUGCUGCUGCCGGACAGGCAAGGACACUGACUAUGAGAUGACGGUGCAAGAAGACAGACAUGAACSCUCCAGGCAGAUGCCAACAAGGGAUGAGAGCAUAGAGGAGAAUGUGGAGAAUGCAUGAAGGAAGAAGUCACCACCAUCUCUGGGAUCUGCUGAGGAACAAAUAUCACUGUAGAAAAGAAAUCAAUCCCUCUUUCUUAUUGCAAGAAGUUGAAUUAUUAAAUGAAAGCUAAAGGCUCUGCCUUUAAAUUCUGGGAAAGAAGGUUCUUACUCCCCUGGAAAGAAGUGCUUUAUGUACAAUGAGCACUAAUACACAAUCUCAUAGCAGAAAAAUGCACGUGGAGCACYGCUGAACCCAGUCAUCCAAAAAUAACCAGUCUUCCAGACUUCUCACUUUCUGAAAAAAGAAACCAGUCAGGUCUAUUUGGAGAACAGAGCAGAGCUGUUGAUGU